GUCGCAGCAGAAGCUUCAGCUGGACUGUUGGUGACGCAGAGCUCUUUGACUUCAGCAGACAGCAACACUGACACAAGUGCAUUAUUCUCUGAUGUUUCCAGCAGAGUGACAUCAUGGCGACUGCAUCACCUGAUGAUGAUGAUUUAAAUAAACCGAAGCGCAGAAGCAGCCCUGACUUCAACCGACCUAACUUGUCAGAUGAUCGGCAACCUCUGAAGCGGAGCAGCAGCUUCGAAUGGCUGUCACCUAACAUGUCUGAGCUGAGGGUUGUUCUGCUGGGGAACAGCUGGUCUGAGAGGAGUUCAGUGGGGAACUUCAUACUGGGAGAGAAUAAGUUCAACACUGAGCAAGAACCAGACUGCUGUCUGAGAGUCAGAGGACAGCUGAAGGAGAAAGAAAUAGCUGUCAUCAACACUCCAGAUCUGCUGCUUCCUGACAUCUCCUCAGAACAGCUGACAAAACAUGUAAAAAAGUGUGUGAGUCUCUCUGCUCCUGGACCUCAUGUGUUCCUUCUGGUUCUACAGCCUGAAGACUUCACUGAGGAACACAAACUGAGACUACAAUCAAUCCUUCAAAACUUCAGUGAUCAAUCAUUCAAUCAUUCACUGGUUCUGAUAUCAACACCAAGAGAGAAGAAUUCAGCUUUCAUGGGCAAAGAUCUACCAGACCAGCCCUUAAAAGACAUGAUGAGAAUGUGUAGAUACAGAUACAUGAAGCAGGAGAACCUUGAAUUUCCAGAGCUGUUAACACGCUUGGGUCAAACUGUAAAGGAGAACAAUGGAGAUCAUGUGAGCUGUGAAGUAUUUGAAGAUGCAGCACCAGCUAUGGCUCAAGAUCAGGAAAGCCUGAAACAGGCAGAAGUCAGUUUUAAAGGCAAUCCACCAAAAGCUGUUGAGGUGGAAGUUCCCAGAAAAUAUACCCCGUCCCACCAGUCAUGUCAACUCAGGAUUGUGAUGUUUGGAAAAUCCGAGGACAAAAAGACAACACUGUUGAACUUCAUCUUUAAGAGAAAAGCUCAAUUAUUAACAGUAACUGAACAAAGGCAAUUGAGAGGAAAUCCUCCAAGAGUGGUGAAAACGCCAAACAUCUUCAGUCUGUCUGUGGAAGCAGUCAGAGAAGAGAUAAAGAGGUGCAUCAGCCUUUGUCCUCCUGGACCAAAUGUCCUCUUGCUGUUAGUGAAGCCUUCUGAUUUCACAGAGAAGAACAGACAAACACUGAAGUUCAUCCUGAGCUUGUUUGGUCAAGAUGCUUUUAAACACUCGAUGGUCAUCAGAACACAUGAGCGGAAUGAAAUGAGUUUCUCUGUUCGUCAGCUCCUUAAAGACUGUGGAGGAAGACUCUACAACAUGGUCGAAGAGAACCACACACUGUUAAUGGAGAAGAUUGAAAACAUUGUGCAUGAAAACAAAGGAACCUUCCUCACCUUCACUGAAGAAAACAUCAGACUAAAGUCUGGACACAUGAAACCAGCUGUAAACCUGGUUCUGUGUGGGAGGAGAGGAGCAGGGAAGACUUCAGCAGCCAAGGCCAUUUUAGGUCAGACAGAGCUUCAUCCAGUCCCCAGCUCAUCAGAGUGUGUUAAACAUCAGGGAGAGGUGUGGGGACGUCGGGUUUCUCUGGUGGAGCUUCCUGCCUUGUAUGGAAAACCUCAGGAGGCAGUGAUGGAGGAAUCAUUCAGGUGUAUCUCCCUCUGUGAUCCUGAGGGCGUCCAUGCCUUCAUCCUGGUCCUACCUGUGGGUUCCCUCACUGAUGAAGACAAGGGAGAGUUAAAGACCAUCCAGAACACAUUCAGCUCUCCAGUCAAUGACUUCACCAUGAUUCUGUUCACUGUGGAGUCAGAUCCUACAGCUCCAGCUGUUGUUAACUUCCUGAAGGAAAACAAGGAGAUCCAGGAGCUCUGUCAGAGCUGUGGAGGAAGAUAUGUUGUUCUCAACAUCAAGGACCAGCAGCAGAUCCCAAAGCUGUUGAAAGAUGUGGAAAACAAUAGUCAAUCUAAAAAUAAACCAUACUGCUAUACAACGGAAACAUUUGCUCAUGCACAAAUGGAAAAGGUCUUACAACAAGAGAAACGCAUCAACAUGCAACAAGGUGAAAUUGAGAGGCUGAAAAAGAAGAAUGAGAUAACUUGUGAUGAUGAGAAGCAGAGCCCAGAGUGUCUCAAGAUUGUGCUGAUAGGGAAGACUGGCUGUGGAAAGAGCUCUACAGGAAACACCAUUCUAGGAAGAAAGGCAUUUGUAGCCGAAUCAAGCCAAACAUCAGUCACCAAACUUUGUCAGAAAGAACAGACUGAAGUGAACGGUCGUCCUGUUGUUGUGGUCGACACUCCUGGUCUGUUUGACACAACUUUGUCCCAUGAAGAGGUUCAAGAGGAGAUGUUAAAGUGCAUCAGUCUUCUGGCUCCAGGACCACAUGUCUUCCUGCUGGUGUUACAAAUUGGCAGACUCACACCAGAGGAGAAGGAGACAUUAAAACUCAUCAAGGAAGGCUUUGGGACAAAUUCAGAAAAGUUCACCAUCAUUCUUUUCACAAGAGGAGAUGACCUGGAGGAUGAGGAGCAGUCGAUUGAUGAAUACAUUGAAAAGAAAUGUGAUGAUUCCUUUAAGAAGCUAGUUGCUGACUGUGGAGGAAGAUACCAUGUGUUCAAUAACUAUGAUAAACAAAACCGCACACAAGUCAGUGAACUGAUAACCAAGAUUGACAACAUGGUGAAGAAGAAUGGAGGCAGCUGCUACACCAAUGAGAUGCUGCAAGAGGCCGAGGCAGCUAUAAAGAAGGAAGUGGAGAAGAUCCUGAAGGAGAAGGAAGAAGAGAUGGAGAGAGAGAGGGAGGAACUUGGAAGAAAACACAAGGAAGAAAUGCAAGCAAUGAAAAGAAGAGUAGAAAAACAGAGAGCAGAAACUGAAAAGGAGAGAAAACAGAGAGAAAAACAACUUGAAGAAAAGGAGGAAAACAUAAAGAAGGAACGUGAGAAGAGAAAGAAAGAACAGAAAAUGAGAGAAAAAGAGGACAGGAAGAGAAAACAACGAGAAGAAAAGCAACAACAGGAGUGGAAACAAAAACUUGAACAUUCAGAGCAAAAAAUAAGAUCGGAGUCAGAAUCAAAGGAAACCAUUGACAGAAAGCUGAAGGAGAGCAGAGAACAGAUGAAAGAAGAACGACAGAAGUGGAAGAAAAACCAAAAAGAAUUGUGGGACAAACGACAUCAAGAAGAUGAACAGAGACGACAAAGGGAGCAAACAAGAUUAAGAAAGCUUCAAGAAGAAUAUGAACAAGAAAGAGAAAUAAAUGAAAAGAAAAGAAAUGAAGAGGACCGAAUCAGAAGAGAACAAGAGGAAAAAGAGAAAAAAGACAUCGAGGAGGAUCAUAAGAAAAAAAUUGAGAAUCUGAAGAAAACAUAUGAAGAUGACGCCACAAAGAAAGCUCAAAAGUAUAAUGAUUUCAUAGUGAAGUACACCAAGGAAUCUGAGGAAUCUGCAGCUCAGAAGGAAGAGCAUGAGAAACAAAUGAAAGACAAAGAUAAGAAAUAUGACAUCUUGAAGGCACUUUCAGACAAAAUGAAGGAAUGUGUGACCAAAAAGGAAAAGAAUUGGGGAAAAAUGAAUGACUUACUGAAAAAACAGGAAGAAGAAUUGAAGAAAGUGGAACCUGAAAAAAAGGAAGAUCUAAAGGAAACACAUGAAACAGAAAUAAAGGACUUGGUAGCGGAACUUGUGAAACAAGAACCCGAAGCAUCAAGCCAGCGCUUUUUGGAACGGAUUCGAGUAUUUUUUGGAUUCAAAUAAACAAAAGCUUUAAAGAAGGAUAGAUUUCUCUGUAAUGUUUUGCAGUGGACUACACUGCAAUGCAUACCAUGGUCACGGAAAUACACCUCAUUGGCUGUCAGGUGCUAAAAUUAUCAUAUAUUAGGGCUGUCAAAGUUAACACGAUAGUUAACUCAGCUCUGUUUUAACGCCACUAUUUUCUUUAACGCAUUAAGCCAUCGAUCUUUCGGAGGUUGUAGCGGCUCAGUUUUAAAGCUAGAGUGAAGAUACU